AUGCGCACGUUUAUCGCAGUCGGCCGGGACGCGGCGCGUUUCGCUUUCCUGGCGUGGCGUGCGAGCCACCGGCGAACCGUGCGCUCGUACCUAACUCACGACAAGCCUGGCCGGUUCCGUGCAAGCGACAAUUUAGCGAACAAUGACGGAGCUCCACCGCAAAUACACACGAUGUCUCCGGAUUCUGCGGUGGCGGUGAGCCGCGCCCGCGCCGCCGCCGCCUCCGCCAAUAAAUCUCCGGGCUUUCCCCCGAUUUCCCGGCGUCCCGCCGCGUCCGGCGCCCCGGCGGCCGCCUCUUAUAAAUUACCAACACGGCCGCGCCAUAAAUCACACAAUGGCCGGCGCAAAUGCGUUUACUAUUGUUUGAACACGCGCCGCGACGUCGAUUCGGUGGCCGCGCCGAUGACCGACGCCCCGACUGCCGCUGUCAGUGGUGGACUCAAUUAUUGCGCAUUCGAACGUCUUGGGUUAGAAGUUGGGGUUGCUAAUUGUUAUUUUCCCGAC